AAAAGAAGAAGAAGAAGAAGAAGACAAACAGUUUAUUUGCAUUCUCUCUCUCUCUCUCUAUCUCUAUCUCUGUCCGGAGCUGUGAUGCGCGCUUCUUGAAUCUGCGGUCGGCGAACGGCGAUGGAGCUCCGGGGAGUCUGGUGGCGGGCGAUCUCCGUCGCCGCCGUGAUCUGGCUGGCGGCGUGCGGCCCCCGCCCCGCGGCGGCCGGCGACAUCGCCCAAGACGACGAGAACGCUCCCAAGAAGCCCGGCUGCAACAACCAAUUCGUCCUGGUUAAAGUCCAAACCUGGGUUAAUGGAUUGGAGAGCAGAGAAUUUGUUGGUGUUAGUGCUAGAUUCGGUGUACCAAUUGUGUCAAAGGAGAAAAAUGCAGACCAAUCGCCCCUUACUCUAUCAGAUCCUCGCGAUUGUUGCCGCCCGCCAAAUAAGCUCACUGGUGAUGUCAUCAUGGUGGAUCGAGGCAACUGCACAUUUACUACAAAAGCAAAUAAUGCAGAACUUGCUGAUGCAUCAGCCAUCCUAAUUGUAAACAACCAAAAAGAACUAUACAAGAUGGUUUGUGAUCCCGAAGAAACUGAUCUGGAUAUAAAAAUACCGGCGGUCAUGCUCCCGCAGGAUGCUGGUUCAAGCCUCGUGAAAAUGCUGAUGAAUGGUUCAUCAGUGUCUGUGCAGCUAUAUUCUCCUACACGUCCUUUAGUUGACAUCGCUGAAGUAUUUCUAUGGCUAAUGGCUGUUGGUACCAUCCUCUGUGCCUCAUACUGGUCUGCAUGGAGUGCUAGAGAAGCAGCUCUCGAGCAGGACAAGCUAACAAAGGAUGCUGUGGAUGAACUUACAGACGACAAGCAUGUAAAGGCAACUGGUGUUGUAGAAAUCAGCACAACUUCAGCCGUCCUCUUUGUCAUCAUUGCUUCGGGCUUCUUGAUCGUUCUUUACAAACUUAUGUCUACCUGGUUCAUAGAACUGUUGGUGGUUCUUUUCUGCAUAGGUGGUGUAGAGGGCUUACAAACUUGCUUGGUUGCUUUAUUGUCAAGAUGGUUCAGAAAUUUCGGGGAUUCAUACACCAAAGUACCGUUCUUUGGAGCUGUGUCGUACCUGACCUUGGCUGUUUCUCCAUUCUGCAUAGCAUUUGCUGUUGUUUGGGCUGUUUAUCGAAAUACUAACUUCGCCUGGAUUGGUCAAGAUAUACUUGGGAUUGCUCUGAUAAUCACCGUUCUUCAAAUUGUUCGAAUUCCAAAUCUCAAGGUGGGAACAGUUCUUCUAAGCUGUGCUUUCUUGUAUGACAUUUUCUGGGUGUUCGUUUCAAAGAAGCUGUUCAAAGAAAGUGUGAUGAUUGUGGUUGCUCGAGGUGAUAGAAGUGGAGAGGAUGGAAUUCCAAUGCUGUUAAAGAUCCCCAGAAUGUUCGAUCCAUGGGGUGGUUAUAGCAUUAUAGGAUUUGGGGACAUUCUUUUGCCAGGACUGGUGGUAGCAUUUUCGCUCAGAUAUGAUUGGCUGGCAAAUAAGAAUCUUCGAGCUGGAUACUUCUUGUGGGCAAUGCUUGCUUAUGGAUUAGGUCUUCUUGUAACUUAUGUGGCAUUGAAUUUGAUGGAUGGGCAUGGGCAACCUGCCUUGCUUUACAUUGUUCCAUUUACGCUCGGAACCUUUUUAGCAUUGGGAAGGAGGCGAGGCGAUCUAAAGGUACUAUGGACCAGAGGAGAACCAGAGAGACCCUGUCCACACGUGCGACUACAUUCUAGCGAGGAAGUGGAUCAAGAUUAUUGAGAUUGGAGCUUGUAAUUGCACAUCAGGUGAAGUUAAUAAUCUUAACUGAGGAUUAUGUGGUAGAAAAAUGCUUCUCAGAUGCUUACCGUGAGAUGACAAAGUUGUAUGCAAGAACAAGAUUGCUACCAUCGGCUUGAAACAAAGUGAAAGUCAGUUGACAAAAACGUUGUCUAUGUAUCAUUGGCAGAUCUUUCUCCUGUAUCCUGUACCUGCUUCCACUUUAAGACUUAGAGCCAUCUUAGACUGUAUUAGAUGUGCGAAUGACUACUAACUAAUGUAUGGAGACACAACAUGUUGUAUAUGCAGUAUUUUUAUCACUGUCUA